CUACCCGUCACUGACAGUUUGAUGUUUUAUCGGGUUGUUUAACAGCUGUCAAAAAUGCGAUAAUGGAGUCGAUUUAUAUUACAAACGUGUUUAUUUUAAACUAUCGCCACACAAACGGGAUGGAUUAGUCAGGAAAUAAUGGGUGCGAACAUAUCCCAAUUGGAACGAGAUAUUGGUUCUGAACAAUUCCCUUCCAACGAACACUACUUUGGAUUAGUAAAUUUUGGCAAUACGUGUUAUAGUAACUCAGUUCUUCAAGCAUUAUACUUUUGUAAGCCGUUCAGAGAGAAAGUGCUGGAGUACAAAGCGAAAAAUAAACGAACGAAAGAGACUCUGCUCACGUGUCUGGCCGAUCUCUUUCACAGCAUCGCGACGCAAAAGAAAAAGGUCGGUUCGAUAGCACCGAAAAAGUUUAUCGCGCGAUUACGAAAAGAAAAGGAGGAGUUUGACAAUUACAUGCAGCAGGACGCGCACGAAUUCCUCAAUUUCCUCAUUAAUCGGAUCAGCGAAAUUAUCCUCGCCGAACGACAACAGAAUUCCACCUCAACGAAUGCGACUACGGUGGUCACUACGAACGCGAACGCGAAUAAUAUUAAAACGAAAGCUUCGGGGGAGAAUGGUAUUAUUCAUAAUCCGCCCGAACCUACUUGGGUUCACGAAAUAUUUCAGGGUAUAAUGACGAGCGAAACUCGGUGUUUAAACUGCGAGACGGUAAGCAGCAAAGAUGAAGAUUUCUUCGACCUUCAAGUAGACAUUGAACAAAACACUAGUAUCUCGCACUGUUUAAAGUGUUUCAGUAAUACGGAGACAUUGUGUAGUGAUAACAAGUUUAAGUGUGAUAACUGCAGUAGUUACCAGGAGGCCCAAAAAAGGGUCCGGGUGAAGAAACUGCCCAUGAUCCUAGCCCUACACCUAAAACGCUUCAAAUAUAUGGAACAGUACAACAGGCACAUCAAAGUUUCGCAUAGAGUUGUAUUUCCGUUAGAGUUACGACUUUUUAAUACGUCCGAUGAUGCUGUAAAUCCAGACAGACUGUACGACCUAAUAGCUGUGGUUAUUCACUGUGGAAGCGGUCCAAAUAGAGGGCAUUAUAUCAGUAUAGUAAAGAGUCACGGGUUUUGGCUUCUUUUUGAUGAUGAUCAAGUAGAUAAAAUUGAUGCAUCAACAAUAGAAGAUUUUUAUGGUUUGACGUCCGACACGCAAAAAUCAUCGGAAACCGGUUACAUUCUGUUCUAUCAGUCUCGAGAGAGUUUAUGAACUUUGCUUAAUCCAGAGGCAGCGGUAACUUGUUGUGUUAAUUCGACAAGAACGGGGGCCGGAAAGACGAAGAAUUGGGGACUGAGGUGGAAACGAUUCGCGCAGAAACCCAAGAAAAAGAUCCGAUGAACGGUUUUUUUAUUUUUCUAUAGUCCAAAGAAAAAAGUCUAAAUCUAGGAAAGAUGUCCUUUAUAAUGUUCUGCCAUAUUUUUAAAAAAAAGUUAUUUUCGUUCGUUCCUACUAAUGAAACUAUGGGGGGUAAAAAAAUAAAAAAAUUUGGUGUUUAUAUUUUAUUUUUAAAGUGUUUCGAAUUGUGCCAAAAUUGUGCGAAAAAAUAGGAAGAUAUUCGACCGGCCGGUUUUGUAAAUUGUGUAUAUUUUCUUUUAAAACAAAAACUUUAUUAUUUAUAGAUUCACUUAUGUGAUAGUAAUUUUAUUUCGCUCUACGAAUUGUUAUUUUUUAUAUAAAGAAAUGUACAAAGUUAUAAAAAUAUUUAUUUAAGUAGUAUUAUGUUCGACAUUGAAUGUAAAAAAGAAAAAAAAAGUAACCACUAUGAUUCUGAUUGUAUAUUAUAUAUACCGAUUAAAACACGAUCGGAUUUGGCCAAUUCCUCUGCCAGUUGUGACUUUCUUUUUUCUGUUUUAUAAAACGAUUAAUUUAAUUAAUUUGUAUUAUUUAAAAAAAUCACUGCUAAGCAGGCUCCUUUCUAUUAUUUUUUACUGUGUACAUAUUCAUAUAAUUAGAUAUAUAUUAUACAUAUGAAGGAAAAUAUAAUGAAUAAGGAACAGAUUUUCAUUUUUAAUAUGUAUUAUAAUAAUAUAUCCUUUUCUCUUGUACAGUAAAUUCAGCAAUAAAAAUGUGCACGUUGAAUUUUAGAAA